GGGAGAGAGAGAGAGAGAGAGAGAGAAAGAGAGAGAGAGGGGAGGGGGAGAGUGGGGGGGCAACUUUCUCUGGUUUCUAACUGCAGACCGCCUUGCAGAGGGGCUUCACCACUGCGCUUCUGUGACGUGCCCUCUUGCCCAGGGGUGUGCACCGGCGUGUAUGACUGAGUGUGUGUGUACGUGAGCCAGAGCCUCAGGAGCCAUGUCGGACCCCCGGGACAUCGACGAGGAUGCCAUCCUCAAGGGCCUCAGUGCUGCGGAGCUGGACCAGCUGGAGUCUGAGCUGCAGGAGAUGGACCCCGAGAAUGCCAUGCUGCCUGCCGGCUUCCGGCAGCGUGACCAGACGAAGAAGGGCCCGACGGGGGCGUACGACCGCGACGCCCUGCAGCAGCACUUGGAGAAGCAGGCCCUGGAGCACGAGGACAGGGAGGACCUGGUGCCCUUCACUGGGCAGAAGAAAGGAAAGAGCUUCGUGCCCAAGAAAGAAGCCGAGAUCCCGGGGCACGAGCAGGUGAUGCUGGAGCCGGAGCUGGAGGAGGCUCUGAAAAACGCCUCCGACGCGGAGAUGUGCGACAUCGCAGCGAUCCUCGGAAUGUACACGCUGAUGAGCAACAAGCAGUACUACGACGCUCUGGGCACCACGGGAACCAUCGCCAACACGGAGGGCAUCAACAGUGUUGUGAAACCAGAUCCAUUCAAGAUCUUCCCCGAUGAGCUGCCCAACCCCACCAACGUGGAGGAGACCCUGGAGAGAAUCCACAACAACGACAGCAGCCUGACCGAGGUCAACCUCAACAACAUCAAGGACAUUCCCAUCCCAACACUCAAGGAGAUCUUUGAGGCCAUGAAGGGAAACUCCUUCGUGGAGUCUCUGAGCAUCGCCGCGACCCGCAGCAACGACCCCGUGGCCUACGCGUGUGCCGAGAUGCUGCAGGAGAACACCAGCCUGCAGAGUCUUAACGUCGAGUCCAACUUCAUCACCUCGGACGGCAUGAUGGCGGUCGUCAAGGCGAUGGCCAGCAACGCGACACUGGUGGAGCUCAAGAUCGACAACCAGAGGCAGAAGCUGGGCGACUCGGUCGAGAUGGAGAUCGCCGCCAUGUUGGAGAACAACUCCAGCAUCCUCAAAUUCGGCUACCACUUCACCCAGCAGGGUCCCCGCGCCAGGGCCGCCAUGGCGAUCACGCGAAACAACGACAUGAUUCGCCAGCAGCGAUUAAGAUGAGAGCGACGCGAGGCGGGCCUCCUGCGCGCCGGGAGCGCCGAAAACCAGUCCCCCCCCCCCCCCCCCCCCCCACCAUGGAGCCGGGGUUGCUGCGCGCGCGGCGCGACCCGCCUAACACCCCAUUUUCAUUUCAUCUGCCCCAGCUGUUUGUUUGUAGAGUGCUGAAUUCAUCAUAAAGGCAUGUGUAGGUCACGAGCAAAA